AUGCAAAAUGGAUCAAUAUUGACGGAGAACGAUCCUCUUAUGAAUAUCGACGCAAGACUGACAAGAACGUCAGAACAAGAAGACACAAUGCCAAGAAUUGAGAUAGCAACGUAUGCCGGCGUAGACGUGUACGAAUGCUACUGUAGGGGGUUCGAAUCGCGCAUUGUAAUGCGUAGAUGUCUCGAUAAUUGGGUUAACAUCACACAAGUGUUCAAGAUCGCGUCAUUUUCCAAGACACAGAGGACCAAAAUCCUGGAAAAGGAAUCCAACAUGGUUAAGCACGAAAAAAUUCAGGGUGGGUACGGACGGUUCCAGGGAACUUGGAUUCCACUGGAAAGUGCGAUUUAUUUAGUGGAAAAAUACAACGUCAACGAUGUGGUGGUAUCCACGAUUUUGCAUUUCCAAUUGGACCCAUCGGAUCCGCCAAUUCGACGCUCCAAGAAUUCUGUGAUGAAAAAACAGUCUCCUGGCUCCAAAAUUCAUUCUCCUUCGAGUUACAACAAAACCCCCAAGAAAAGUGCACCCCCCAUGAUCAAAAAACAUAGUAAAAAAAGGCUAAGCACGUCAAUGGGUCAUGUAGCGCACAAUGCAGCCGCGGUGAAGAAAACGUCCCAGAUUCAUCCCAGUCCCUUGCAGAACUUGGCUUUUCAAACACCACAGCACCAGCAGCACGUCUCAAUGCAGCAUAAUAACUCUACCGUGAUUGCACCCGACCAUCAAACUCCCAUGCAUCCAUCUUCCUAUGAAGCAACUCAAAAACCCUUACAGUUUUACCCCUACCCACAACACCAACCUGCGUUUUUGACAUUCGAUUCCAAUCAUCCCCAUCAGCAGCUACCUCCUAAGCGGACCAAGAAGGCCAACAAAGUUCCACCGCCUAACCAAUUCCAAGCCCAGCAUAGUUUCAGAGUUAUCAAACAACAAUUCAUGGAUCGCAAGAACUAUGAGACCGGAAAAUCCAUACCCCAUGCAAUGGUGACAAUUCAUCCGCAGCCAGCAGCUCACAAGAACUCCCACUCUAAUGGAUCUAAUGGCUCGAACGGUUCAUCUAUCGAAUGCUUUUCAGCGCGAGAAGAACCAUCGCCCAUCUCUUCCAGGUCGGCUUCCCCUAAGCUGAGAAACCAGCCGGAGGCUGUUAUCAAGAACGAAAUGGGCAAUAAGCACGUCAGCGCUGAAGAGUAUAAAGAGCUUUUACUGCAAGUUUUGUCAUCAGAUUACUCCUCGAGUGGCUCAGAUUCCAUUAUGCUUCCCGAAGAACUCUACAAUUGUCCUCAAGAUCUCGAUAUCAACUUUACCAUCGAUGAUCAAGGACACAGCACAUUACAUUGGGCGGCAGCCAUGGCAAACGUGCCAUUGCUUAAACUUGUAUUAAGUCUGUCUGCUGAUAUCUCAUUAUGCAACGACCGUGGAUUUAACACUAUUACCAAGGCAUGUUUUUACAACAAUUGCUACAAAGCGGGCGUUUUCCCUAAAGUUCUAGAGCUUCUCAAGCCUUGCAUUAUAACACCAGACGUGAAUGGUAGGACUCCGCUGCAUUAUUUGGUGGAAUUAAGCGUGAACAAAUCUAAGGACCCAGCGGUCGUUAACUACUAUCUGGAUACAUUGCUGGAUGUUUUGGGUCAGGAAGAUGUGGCCUUGCUUCGAAUGUGUCUAUAUCAUCAGGACAGCGCGGGAAAUACGGUGCUCCACCUUGCAGCUCUGAAUCUCAAUUUGGAACUGUGCAACAAGCUAUGCUAUCUCGGUGGCUCCAUGUCGAUUUUGAAUUUGGAACAUGAAACGGCAACUUCACUUUUGGCCCGGUUCAAUCUGGUACCACCAACCUCACAGGAGUUGGAAGAUUCUAUUGCCGACAUGGUCAAAGGAGUUGAAGACCGGAGGCCAACGCAAAUGAGGCUCAGCACGCCGGUAAUGACAAGAAAGAGAAAUGGCAGCUUUGCGCAGAUCGACGAUAACACCAUCAACAUGACGCAUGAUUUGACAUCCUUUUCUAGCAUUCCCAACUCAGUUGUCAAUGCCUCGAAGGUCAAGAGUCCGCAUCGCAACACAGUCAUUUCCGAGCCCCUUUCGGUCUCUUCAACUGUGAACAAAGUGACCAAACCCGUACGUUCUGUACCUUUGGUGCGUCCCGGGCAGGCCCGUUCAACGCAAGCGCUAGCAAAACAGUUGUCGAAUUUGAGUGCUUCGUUCACAACCUCUGUGGACGACGAAAUAAGUGCCCUAGAGCUCGAGAAAGAAAAAGUGGCAGGUCGCGUCGAUAGCAUCCAACACAAUGUCACGAACAACACAAAUCUCAUAAACGAUCUACUGCAGGGCCUACCGAGUCCCGACGCACUUCAUGCAGAUGUUGAGAAGCAAGCUAACCAAGUACGCGUCCAUAUGGCCCACUUGACAAACUCGAUUGAAAAAUCGCAAGCAUUGGCCCUCGCCACAUGUGUACACGAGGAAGAGUCCGCCGUGGGAUCGAACUUGAACUCUCCAUUGAAGGAGGGCAACAUCAGUUCGCCUGUUCGUGUCAUAGGACACCAUCUCCUACGACUAGGCUUGAAGCUCACCUUACUCCAACACAAGCGUAAGCACACCAUCGAAAGAAUAUCAAGAGGAAAAUCCGAGGCGUACUCUUCUGUCAAGAUUAAGAAAUAUCGAAAGUUGAUUGGCACCACAGUGGAUGACAUCGACUCCAAAUUGGACGACAUAGAAAAAGAUCUAAGUGCCACUGCUUAG